UUCCUGUCCCGGGGCGGCGGGAAGGCGAAAGGCGGUAGAGACUGCGCUUGGCAGCGACCACUUAGAGUAGUACAGGGGCGGGGAGGGCAGCAGAAAUCAGUCCUCUGGUUAGUUCCCCGCGUGGGACCACGUGAUUGGAGAGGUCCCGCCCUCCUCCGCCGGAACCAGCUGUUCGAAUCCCGGCUCCAGAACUAGCGGCAUUUCAGUCCUGCCGCCGUGAGGGCUGCGGCUCACGCCCUGGGGCUCAUGGCAGCGCCGGUCCGCCUGGGCCGGAAACGACCGCUGCCCGUUUGCGCCAACCCGCUCUUCGUACGCUGGCUGACCGAGUGGCGGGACGAGGCAGCCAGCAGAGGGCGCCGCACGCAAUUCGUGUUUCAGAAGGCACUGCGCUCCCUACGGCGGUACCCACUGCCCCUGCACAGCGGCAAGGAAGCUAAGAUCCUACAGCACUUCGGAGACGGGCUCUGCCGGAUGCUGGACCGGCGGCUGCAGCAGCACAAGGCAUCAGGUGGUGACCACGCCCCAUGUUCACCACCUGGAGCGAAGAGUCCAGCCCGGGAAAGGCCUGCCAAAGUCCAGGAUCCUUACAUGCCAGGUCCAACCCAGCUCAAAGCAGGAGGCUCUGGCAAGUAUUGGCCAGCUCAGCACUCGGGAGCUCGAGCAGUACUGCUGCUGCUGUACCGGGAACACCUGAAUCCUAGCAGCCACGGCUUCCUAACCAAGGAGGAGCUGCUGCAGAGGUGUGCCCAGAAGCCUCCAAGGGUGGCCCCUGGAAGUGCUCGGCCCUGGCCCGCCCUCCGCUCCCUCCUCCACAGGAACCUGGUCCUCAGGACGCAGCAGCCAGCUAGGUACUCACUGACCCCAGAGGGUCUGGAGCUGGCCCAGAAGCUGGCUGAGUCGGAGGGCCUGAGCUUGUUGAAUGUGGGCAGCGGGCCAGAGGAGCCCCCUGGGGAGGAGCCUGCGGUGCCAGGAGCGGCCUCAGCUGAGCUUGGCGCCAGCGAAGGGAACCUCCAGCAGCCACCGCUGGAGCUGGGGCCUGGAGAGUACAGGGUGCUGUUGUGCGUGGACGUUGGCGAGACCAAGGGGGCGGGACCCGGGUCAGAGCUGCUCCGAGAGCUACAGCGGCUGCACGUGACCCACACGGUGCGCAAGCUGCACGUCGGGGACUUCGUGUGGGUGGCCCAAGAGACCAGUCCCAGGGACCCGGCACGACCUGGAGAACUAGUCCUGGACCACGUCGUGGAGCGAAAGCGGCUGGAUGACCUGUGCAGCAGCAUUAUCGACGGCCGCUUCCGGGAGCAGAAGGUUCCUUCACUGGCCUCACCACCCUCCCUGCCCCGGGGCCUGCUCAGGGGCACUUCUGGGUGGUAUCCAAGCAGAGCUCCCACACCUCCAGCCACACCCCCUCUAAAGCUGCUCCAGGGCGGCCCCGAGUUCCGGCUGAAGCGCUGCGGCCUGGGGCGUCGAGUAUACCUAGUGGAGGAGCACGGCUCGGUGCGUAACCUCAGCCUUCCCGAGGGCACGCUGCUGCAGGCUGUCACCAACACUCAGGUCAUCGAUGGCUUCUUUGUGAAACGCACAGCAGACAUUAAGGAGUCAGCAGCCUACCUGGCCCUGUUGACAAGGGGCCUGCAGAGACUCUACCAGGGCCACACCCUCCACAGUCGCCCCUGGGGAACCCCGGCGGACCCUGAAUCGAGGGCUGGGUCCUCCCCAAACCCUCUCUGCUCGCUCCUCACCUUCAGCGACUUCAACGCGGGAGCCGUCAAGAACAAGGCCCAGUCUGUGCGGGAGGUGUUUGCCCGACAGCUGAUGCAGGUGCACAGAGUGAGCGGGGAGAAGGCGGCAGCCCUGGUAGAUCAGUACAGCACCCCUGCCAGCCUACUGGCCGCCUAUGACGCCUGUGCCACGCCGAAGGAAAAGGAGAUGCUGCUGAGCACCACCAAGUGUGGCCCAAUGCAGAGGAAUCUGGGGCCUGCUCUGAGCAGGACCUUGUCACAGCUUUACUGCAGCCACGGCCCCCUGACCUGAGCUAUGCCACAAGACAGGCCCCCGCCCCCAUCUUCCCAGGCUACGCAGCCCUUUAACCGGGAUCUUUGGGCUACAAUAAAAAUCUUAAGUGUUUGCAGCUUUAUGUGUUGGGAGGAGAUGCCAGGCCCCAGGGAUUUUGUAAGAUAUCCAGGUAGGAACUGGGGAGACCACUGGGUCCAGUUUUUAAACUGAGCUCCUCAGGACCCCUGGGGUUCCCUGGCAGGGCACUGAGACUGCCAGGGAGAUGAAGUCAGAAAGGCG